AUGGACAUUUACCAAGACGAUAAUUAUGUUAACCUAGUGAGAGCGUUAGAUGAUGAAAACGUGGGUCCAAUAGGCCUACCUUUCUUCAUUUUGAAGGCCAUCACAGCAGGUUUCUCUGAUAACCAACUAAUUGGCAGGGGUGGGUUUGGAGCUGUUUACAAGGGAGCGCUUCAAAACAAUGUAGUGGUCGCCGUGAAAAAACUUCAUGACAUAAUUGAGAUUCUAGAGGAGAAUUUCCAACGUGAGGUUGCUUGUCUAGUAGAGGUGAAGCACAAAAACAUAGUGCGGUUUCUGGGGUACUGUUCUGAGACGCAAGAAGUUUGGGUGCCGCAUGAAGGAAAAUAUUCUUGGGCCAACGUUCGUCAAAGGGGAUAUAUGGCACCCGAAUUUUUAAGAGAUGGAACAAUCACAUUGAAGAUAGACAUAUAUAGUCUGGGUGUUAUUAUCAUGGAGAUUCUGAUGGGGUGUAGGGAAUACCCUAAUGUUGACGAGGUGCUGGAAAGUUGGGCGAAUACAUUUCAGACAACAGAGAGCCACGUACUACUAGAACAAGUAAAAGUAUGUGCUGAGAUAGGGAUAAACUGCCGGCACGAUGACCCAAGCAAAAGGCCUGCUAUAGAGGAUAUUAUCUGCAGGCUUGUUGAAACGGAUAUUUCGUACUCCUGCUCCAUUGUUAGAAGUGUUGCAAGCACUUCAUCAUCAUCGGCAGGGCAGUACCACAGUUUUCUACAGUUGCAAGUCCACCCUGUCGAGCUCUGCUUUCCCUUCGUGGCCAAAAAGCGCAUCCAGUGCUCACUGAACUUAAUUAACAGGACAAAUGGUUAUGCCAACUAUUGGGUUAUACCGCAGUUCCCAGAGAUAUACUUUAUUCACAAGCUCAGUUUCAUUUUGGGACCAAUGUCCACUGGCAGUUUAAACGUGACAAUGGUGGAGCAAGAGAAACCUCCACCGGACCUGGGCAUAUUUAAAAUACUGAUGAUCACCAUGGGAAGCGAGAGAGAACUUAAAGAUGUUGUCUCAUCCAUUGGCAACGAACCAAAGAUUGAUGGUGGUUUCCAGAAGCUAGUUGAAGAGUUGGGUGAAGAGGUGCAUUCCGCAACUGUGACUGCUGUCGACUGCCAACCAAGGGAGACAUCGUCUCCCCCGAAGACUGUUUCGUCGGUUUCAUUUACGAGCAUGGGAGCCGUAGAUGUGCAUCCCACAAAGCCAUGGAUUUUGGCGGGUGGUGACAACUAUCUUACCAUUUGGGACCACAAUGAGGAGGCAACAGUGUUUGCAUUAGAUGUGAAUGAGGAAGGAAGCACGAUCCCAAAACUAGGGAUUGUGGCGGUUAAAUUCAUCCCUCGAAAGCAAUGGUUUGUGACCACAGAUUUUGCGGGAUUUGUCCAUGUCUACUCGUGUGAAACAUGGCAAAAAACAAAGACGUUCAGAGCAACCAGUAGCAAUUGUGUCAUGUCAUUGGCGAUUCACCCUACCUACCCAUACCUGCUAUUGGCGUGUUUUGACGGCCUGUUCGAGCUCUGGAACUGGGACAAGGGCUGGACCUGUUCUCGAAAAGUUCGCUCAUCCUCUCACAGUUCAACCCAAAGUUAUUUCAUUGUCAAGUUUAAUCCAAACAACACGGAGACCUUUACGAGUGGAGACAGAUACUCUGGACUGAAGGUAUGGUCAAUUAAUGAUCUGAAUAAGCCUAUCACAACCAUACAACAGAAUUGUAAAUACAUGCUCUAUGACCAUGUUUUCACCGAGGCUAGUCAGAACCAUGUGGUUGUCGACAAAGAUGGUCUAACCAUAUGGGAUUUACAGACAGCGACACGUGUUCACACACUCUACGAGACUGGAAAAUAUUUUAAUACCGCAGUAGCUUGCCACCCAACACUUCCGCUAAUAGUUGCAGCCACUCUGCAUGGUGUAUCAAUCGCCAUGAAAAAUGUUUCUUUAGUGAGUUAUGGUAGGACAUAA